CUCUCAAGUUUACCUCAAGUUUUUCCAAAUUUCCAUAUUGAGCUAUCUUAUUUGUUGCUAUUUUAUGUUCAGUGUGAUUUGAAUAAUGACACACGUUUUAAUGUAGUACGAUUAACAAUACAGGGAAAUUCUUGUAGAUUGAAAAUAAUUAACAGGUACUAAACAAGGAACAAGAUGUCAAGAUUUUCUAAUUGACUAUGGCAGUGAAAGCAAAAAAAACGAAGCUGGUACCUCCUGACGGAGGCUGGGGCUGGGUCGUUUUAUUCUCAGCAUUAACUGUUAACUUUCUUAUCCCUGGAACUGUGAAGUCGUUCGGUGUGCUGUUUGUAGAAUUUUUGCAAGUUUUCAAAGCAUCCCCUACAGCAGCGUUAUGGAUGCCAGCACUCUGCUAUUUUUUAUAUAGUUUUUUAGGUCCGUUAUCAAGCAUUCUGUCGAUGAAAUAUUCUUACCGAACUGUUACGCUUAUUGGUGGUACAUUUGCUGCAGGAGGAAUGAUGCUGAGUUAUUUCGCAAAUUCCGUCAGUUAUCUUUAUCUCAGUUAUGGAGUAAUGGUUGGCAUUGGAGCAGGUUUAUCAUUUCCUCCAACAGUAUACAUAGUUACCGCUUAUUUUGAAAGAUUACGGGGAUUUGCUAACGGGCUCUGUAUAUCCGGAAGUGCUAUUGGGACUAUUGUUUUACCACCUUUCCUACAGUAUCUACUUGAUCAUUUUGGAUACAGAGGAGCUGUAUUACUCAUGGGUGGUAUCACCUUAAAUACAUGGAUUUGUGCUCUGUUAUAUCACCCUGUUGAACAACACAUGAUAAGAGUUCCUAUUACGCCGGAGGAUGGAGUGGAUAACGAAGCAUUGACUUUGGACGAAAUGCCCAGUAAUAAGAAAUCGAAUAACAUUUUAAAACAAGAGAGCUUCAAAUCCACUAAUGAAAUUGAUAUGUCAAUUUCUGGAAAUUUGCAUUUCCUGAAUUUGGCCCAAGCACUAGAGGGAGUUCAAAACUCUUCACUUAUCAACGAAAGAAACGAGGGAUUAGAUGAAAAAGAAGACGUAAAAGUUAACGAAAGUUCUGAUAUUGCUACAAACGGAAUACGCAAUACAGCAUUUGAUAAUUCCAAUGUAGAACCUAAAGACAAUAUUGUGACUGGCAAGAGUGUGAACAGUGCUUGUCCCAAUACACCGCACAUAAGUAGAAAUAGUUCAAUGCGACACAGCUGUUUAAAUUAUGAAAAUUAUCGUGUCUCUCGUCAACAUAGCAUUGUUUCUGAAAUGGGUACUAUAGCUUUAAACCAAAGAUUAAAUGUUCCUGGAAUGUUCAAGUGCCUCUUCAAAACCCAUUCGUCUAAAAGUAAAAAUACCACAGCUGCAGAUAUAGAGCAAGUAAAACAAUCCAACAGCAAUGACUCGGAAAGCGAAGCACCAAUGAAAGAUAAAAAAAAUUUCUUUGAUUUUAGCGUCUUGAAAGAUCCAAUUUACCUACUUAUCCUCAUUUCAAACUCCACCUCUGCAAUAAGUAAUACGAAUUUUAUGAUAUUAUUACCAUCAUAUGCAAUAUCGCAAGGCUUUGAUAAAAAUAUGUCAGCUCUAUUACUGUCCAUUGUUUCUGCCUUAGAUUUGGUUGGGCGCAUAGGUGGAUCAUCCUUAUCAGACAUCGAUUUUAUACCAAAGUAUUACUAUUUUGUGGGUGGACUUGGAAUGAGCGGUAUCGCCUUAGCUUUACUUCCUAUGGCCACCAGUUACACAAUGCUAUCAUUUUUUUGUGCUUUAUUUGGACUUUCGUCGGGAAUGUAUAUUGGAAUAACAACUGUGAUUUUAGCAGAUAUGCUUGGCACUGAGAAAUUAACAUCAUCUUAUGGGAUUUCUUUGUUUGUCAACGGUGUGCUUCAGCUGAUUGGUCCACCGCUUUGUGGUGUAAUUUUUGAGCAAAUUGGUUCAUACAAACCAAUAUUUCUAGCAUUUGGAAUUAUACUGAUAUUGGGGACUGCUUUAUGGGCGCUAUUUCCCAUGAUAAAGCGAAACCACAGAAAAGAAAUAGAUAGCGAAUAGACGAAUUUAUCUAGACAACUAGACACAAUUAUGGUAAUUCUAUAAUUUUUUGUUAUAGAUUUGGACACAAACCUUAUUUUUUAACUCAUAGCUAUAAUUUUUAAUCCAUACGUUUAUGUAUUCGACUCUCAAUCUUUUAAUCCCUAAACAUAUCCCUAGUAUUAAUUCUGUAACUGAUCGUGUUAUGGGAAUCUUUCUGAUUACUGCAAAAAGCACUUAUUUUAUUGCAUGACAAAGCAUAUUGCAUUUUGCUCCUGUAUAAGGAUUUUGCACUGUUGAAUUGCACUUAAGUUAGCGUAAGGUAAUAGCAUGAAUGCAGUUAGUUGAAUUGACAUUAAAUUUUUUAUUUACUGAUUCUGCACGGUUAAAUUCGUAUUUAUUUCUAGUCAUGUAUAUUUAAGAAUGUACAAACACAUGAAGCCGUCCGUCACUUGUUGAUACUCCUUACCUUGUGUAGUAACUAGUAAGUAGGAGGAACUAUGAAGGGUAAAAUUUAUCCACCAUAAAAGUAAAAUUUGCUAUGUACUUCAAGAGUAUAAUAAAGUACUAAUCGCCAUCUGAUGGAUUUACAUUCGAAA